AUUUGAUGUUAACAACACCUAAAUAGUCGAAGAUAGAUCCGUAAAUGAUUUAUUUUUAAAUUGUGCGUAUUUCCUGAUGAGUUUAUAACAGACUGAUGGCUGCGGACUCAAAUGGGGAUAGGACUUUCCAAGGAGAUUUUCAAAUGCGUAAUGGGCAAAAGAAAGGAUGGAUGCUUUUCAGGAGAAACGCCCAACAAAAAACAGAGGCAUGACCUUGAAGAAGAGUCUGACGAUGAAACCACAGAUGCAGGAGGAGUUAAUCAUUUCCAUUCUAAGAAUGGCCUUUCCUAUGUUUCAAAUGUGGGAGAAUUUGGAAUAAUUGAAAGUAUCUCCUUGAGGAACUUCAUGUGCCAUUCUCUACUUGGGCCAUUUAAGUUUGGACCCAAUGUCAAUUUUAUUGUUGGAAAUAAUGGAAGUGGCAAAAGUGCAGUGCUGACUGCUCUUAUUGUUGGACUUGGUGGGAAAGCAACAAUAACUAAUAGAGGCUCCUCUAUAAAAGGAUUUGUUAAAGAUGGCCAGUCGUGGGAAUUAAAUUUUAGCUGGUUGUCGAUCUGGACCCCGAGUAGUUUGGUGUCUGACACUAUUUCGAGAGGGCACAUAGUUUCUUCCAAGAAAGAAGAACUUAUUUCAGUUCUAGACCACUUUAAUAUUCAGGUGGAUAACCCAGUAACAAUUUUAACUCAGGAAAUGAGCAAGCACUUCUUGCAGUCAAAAAGUGAAGCUGACAAAUACAAGUUUUUUAUGAAAGCAACUCAGUUGGAACAGAUGAAAGAAGAUCUGAAUUACAUCAUGGAGACUUAUUCAGUGACGACUGCAACUGUAACCCAGCAGGAAGAAUGCUUGGUUGAACUUAAACGCAAGGUCAAGGAAAAAGAGGAGCGGUAUAAAAGUAUUUCAUCUUUGGAAGACAUGAAAAAGAAACUAGACGAACUAAAAAAUGUGAUGGCUUGGGCGCUGGUUAAUGAACUAGAUAAGCAGAUCCAGCCACUUCGUGAUCAGUUAAAAGCUGAAAGUCUUCGAACAGUCAAGUAUGAUCAGAGAGUGGAAGAAUGUCAGGCUAGAGUGAAGGAAGCAGAAGAGAAGUACAAAACUAUUCAAGAAGAAUUGGUUAAAAUAACUGAGGAGGCCAAUCGAUUGCACCCUGAAUGUACUACUUUAAAAGCAGAUGUGCAAGUGAAGAGCAAAGCACGCAAUGAAGCUGAGGGUUCUUACUGCCGUUUUCGCUCUGAAUUUAAACGUCUUGAAAAAGACCGUGCGCAACUAAAGAAGAAAAUUGAAGAGCUGAAAAACAGUGCAAAUCAAAUCUCAGAAGCAGAACGUUUGGAAAGACUAGAAAGGAUUGCUAAACUACAAGAUGAUUUCAAGACUUUAAAAGACCAAGAAGUUACUACUUGCCAGCAGUUGGACCAGUUCCAACAGGCCAUUUACAAGUAUAAGGAUGAGCAGAAUAGACUCAGGAAAGAAGAAAAUGAUGUGCGAAGAAGUGUAGAUACCUUGAAUAGACAGAUGAGGGAUCUGAUUGGAAGUAAAACAAAUAAAUUAAAACGAUUUGGACAGUUCAUACCUGAUCUGCUUGAUGCAAUUGAAGAGGCUCACAGGCAAGGACGCUUCCGAAGAAAACCUCUUGGCCCUUUAGGUGCUUGUAUACGUCUUAAAGAUCCAGAACUUGCAUUGGCUGUGGAAAGCUGUUUAAAAGGCCUUUUGCUUGCAUUUUGUUGUGAUAAUUAUAAAGAUGAAAAAGUGUUACAGUCACUGAUGUCAAAGUUUUGCAAGACUAGUAGACCUCAAAUUAUUGUUUCGGAAUUUACAAACUCUGUUUAUGAUGUCCGAGCCAGAGCUGUAAAUCAUCCACAUUUUCCUUCAGUCCUUACUGCCUUAGAAGUUGAUGACCCAGUAGUUGCAAACUGUUUAAUAGACAUGAGAGGCAUUGAAUCGGUUUUACUGAUAAAGAACAAAAAGGUAGCACGACAAGUUAUGCAGCAGCAACAGCCACCUAAAAACUGCAGGGAGGCUUUCACUGGUGAAGGUGACCAAGUGUUCAGCAACCGUUUCUACUCUUCUGAAUUCAGCAGAGCUAAGUACUUAAGUGGGGAUGUGGACACAGAAAUCAGUCUUUUAGAGAAAGAAAUAGAAAACAAGAAUGCUCACCUUGCAACAUUCCAACAUCGGCUCCAGUCAAUAGGAGAUGACAUAAAACAAAAUGAAGACUUUUGUAGAAGACACCAUCAGAAACGAAAACAACUGCAGGAUCGAUUGCGAAAAAUGCAGUUAGAAUUAAAUGAGCUUGAGAAUGUGGAAGAACCUCAGUCUGUGGAUAUAUCUGCACUUGAAGAAGAGGCCCAGGACAUUAUGAAUAAGAUGCAUACGGUUGAGAAUGAUGUAGAAGUUGCAAGAAAAACUCUUGAAGAACGCAAAUCCUUGUUGGCAGAGGCUGAGCAAAAGUAUAGAGACAUCAAGGAAAAGAUCAAUUCUAUUGCAGAGGAAGCUGACCCCAUAAAGGAAAAGCUGAGCAAAGUUGUUACUGAUGUUGAUAAAUCUAAGCAUGACAAAAAGCAUUAUGAAGACAAGCGCAAAGAACAUGUGAAGAGCAUUAAAACUAUGGAAACAGAACUGGCAUCUAAGGAUAAGGAAUUGGAGGAGAAGAUUUCAUUGGCUAAACAGAUCUACCCAGAAAGGCUACAAGUUAAUAAAUCAGCCAGAAGUCUUGAUUUGGAGAUUAAUCGUCUGAGAGAAAAGAUCAGUACAGAACAGCAUCGCCAUGGAAACAGAGAAGAGAUUAUAAGGGAAUACAAAGAUGCAGUUGAAACAUAUACAAAAACAUCAAGUCACAUGAAGAAUUUGAAGAAGUUUAUUAAAUUGCUUGAGAGCACAAUAGGUGGGAGACAGAAAGCCUAUAAACUGCUCAGAAGGUACCUUACUUUACGAUGCAAAAUUUUCUUUGAUUCUUUGCUGUCGCAGAGAGGUUGCUCUGGAAAAAUGAACUUUGAUCACGUAGCUGAAACACUUACUAUCUCAGUUCAGCCUGGAGAGGGAGACAAGGCAGCAUUGAGUGACAUGAGAUCUCUGUCUGGAGGUGAACGCUCUUUCUCUACUGUCUGCUUCAUCCUGGCCCUUUGGGGUAUUUCUGAUUCUCCAUUUCGAUGUCUAGAUGAAUUUGACGUCUACAUGGACAUGGUCAAUCGAAGAAUUUCUAUGGACAUGAUGCUGAGAGUGGCAGAGUCACAGCGAUACCGUCAGUUUAUUCUUCUUACACCACAGAGUAUGAGUUCUCUACCUGCAAGUCCAAUUAUUAGAAUCCUGAGAAUGCGUGACCCCGAAAGAGGGCAAACUACAUUGCCUUUUGGAAAUAGUAAUGAAGCAGAUGAUGAAGAUGAAAGCUAAACUAUUUGAUGUUCAUUAAACUGUAGGCUUUGUAUGUCCAGCUAUUUUCCAAAUAAUAAAGAAUAUUUAUUUUCAUAGCUAAAUGUUUAAUACUUUGCACGUGACAAGAUUCUUUAUAUAUAUAUAUGUGUAUGUAUAUCUGUCUAUAGUGCAGGGGAAGAAGACUGCAUUUUUAUAACUAAUGUAUAGAUACAAAGGCCAAGCUGUGCCCACACUUUUUACUUUUUUAAUGGCUGUUUUCUUAUUUUAAUGCUUUUUACAUAAAAAUAGGUUAAUUUAAACUUUUUGCAAAUAAGGCUUAAACAUGUCAUUUUGUGACAUUGAAUUUUAGAAGCCAUUGUUAAAAAAUAUACAGUAUUGUUCUUAAGUAAUUAUUAAACCUUGUCUAAAAAGUGUCUUUCAUUUGCUGUUCUGUUUGUUUCACAUCUGCAGUAUCUUUUAUUGCAGAUUGGAAGUGUUAAACAUGCAAAAAUCCAUCUUAUCCAGUGGAGCUAAUGAUUUCUGAGAGAUGUUAUGUCAGCUAAGGAUAAUAAAAUAAGAAUGGUUACCAGUGGCUAAUUGUAAGCCCCAACCUCCCCUACAUCCACCCCCCAAAACAAAUCUGCUAAACCAAUCAGUACAAAAGGUAUUUUUUUCUAAUCUUUCAGCCUGUUUUAUGGGUGUUUUCAUGACAAAUGGGUCAAAAAAAUCAACAGUCCUGAGCUAUAUAACCUUACUGUUUUUGUGUGAUUGAAGUCAUUAACAAGAAAUAAAAUUAAAAAACAGCCACAGCCAUGUACGUGCACAUGCAGUGAAAUAAGCAGCAAAACUUGCUUCAUAUGUAUAAAUAUGCUUUUGUGUGUGUUUGCAUAUUUUAAUAAUAAGUUUUAAUAAAAGUUUUCGUUAAGA